AUGUACUUGAGCCACAGCGCCAAACACGAGAGGCUAUGCUCAUGCCGUUCUUUCGCUGGGUGGAAUUUUAGUUGGAGGGAGGAGGACAUGUUGUCUGGCAUACUUAAACUGCAGCACAAAAGGCGAGAGGCUGUGCUUAUGCCAUUCCUUCGCUGGGUGGGAUUUUAG